CGGAAUGAUCCCGGUGGCCGCUCUCAGGUUUCUCUCUGGUUUCUAUUCAUCAGUUAACCUAUCUCGAGAGCACUCGAGAGACACGGGAGCUGAGGAUACUGAGAUCAAGGAGCCUGUUCACACGAGGCGUUUCUGCCGCGCGAUUGCGGCCGCGCGUUAAUAACGUUUGCACGAGCCGCACGCGCGUACGCGAAACGGCAGUAACACCGUAUAAUCGUGCCGGCGAUAUACUGAAUUUGAAUUGCUUCGUGCUUUUAUCUGGAGAUUUCGUAUCCCUACAUCGUGUUACCAUUGCACCGCUGCCGGAACAGAAGGUUCUCUACGCUUGGCAGAAAGUGACGACUGACACGUUUGAUCCCGACUUCGUUGAUCGCAGAAGAGCUGGACUCGAGACGUAGCUGUGAUGAAAGAGAAUUAGAUGGUGACUUAAUUUUGGGAGAUAUAGGUCAAGGAUUGCCAUUUAAAGCUGGUACGUUUGAUGGGGCUGUCAGUAUUUCUGCGCUUCAGUGGUUGUGCUAUGCAAGCAAAACUUUGCACAAUCCUACAAAACGUUUAUAUCGUUUCUUCUCAACGUUGUAUGCAUGCCUGUCAAGAAGCGCAAGAGCAGUGUUACAAUUCUAUCCAGAGAACGGUGAACAGGUUGAAUUAAUCACGGCACAAGCCACAAAAGCUGGCUUUUAUGGCGGUGUGGUUGUCGAUUUUCCGAGUAGCGCAAAAGCAAAGAAAAUGGUCUUGGUUUUAAUGACCGGAGGAGCUGCUCCGCUUCCAAAGGCACUAGGCGUAGGUAGAGAAUGAAGAUAGAUAAACCGUCGCUAAUUCAAGAAGGGACUACAUAAAGAAAGCCAAGGGUAAAUCAUUGAAGAAAAGUAGGGACUGGAUUUUAGAGAAGAAAGAAAGGCGGCGCCGGCAAGGAAAAGAAGUUAGAGAUGACUCCUUUACUGGACGAAAGAGACCCGGGAGAUUCUAAUUCUCGACUUGAGAGAGAUUGGCAGCGGGAAUGGAGAUAUUGGUCAGGGCAACAUUGUGUUGCAAAUACAAAAGAUACGUAAUGUAGCUACGCUCAAAGGAAACGAAGAAUCGAGAUCAGUUCCGCGGAUGUUAAAAUUAUCGUUGACAGAUGGAAAGAAUAAUUUUCAAGCCUUAGAAGUUGAACAUAUAUCGGCUUUAAGAAAUAACGUGGAUAAAGCACUGAGAAGCCUGCAAAAGACCGACAGCAGAUAUAAUAACGCCGAGGAAUCUCGUGAACCACGAGAGCCGCGUGGCAAACGGGAAAAAAAACCGAGGACAGUAAACCAAGCAGCGGAAAAAUAUCCUUAUUCGACUUUUUCGAGGAUAAAUUACCUGUACAACCUGAGAGCGUCGAAACAAUUAAUUUGUCUCAAAACAGCUACAUACAAAAUAAUGAAAGUAAUCAAGAUCGUUUUGAAUCAAGAGGAUUUGAUGUACAAAGUGGAAGAGGUGGACGGAAUCAAAAAGGUGGUCGUGGUGGUUAUCAACCACCUCCGAGAUAUUCAGAGGACCAUAGAAAUAGUAAGCAAACAAAUAAUAACAGUAACUCUGCCAUGUACUCGCAAUAUAACUGUGCUACUCAUGCACCGCAGAACAAACCGCCGCGAUUUCAACGUAACCAGGAACCUCAAUAUUAGUAUCAACACAACGGAGGCAGAGAAACGUAUCAGAAGUCUUCUCAGCCGAUUGAUUGACAGAAAUACGUUUGCUCAGUCGCGUACAAGUAACGUAAACGCCAGUGAUAGCGGUAACGAUACCAGAAUCCAGACUGAGGGAAAGAAUUUCGGUAGUAACAAAAACUUUAAUCACCUCGAGCCCGAGGCCAGAAAUAGGCAUUCUUAUGAUGCUUCUUAUAAUAGGCAUAAUCGAGCUCAGCAAAACGGAACCCCUAAAAUAAUAUGGUGCUCGAAUUAUGAGAACUUACUGGUUGAAUCGCUUGUGCUGCAAUAUGCCUUUGGACCUGUGCAUCGAGAUCUUGGAAAUAACGAUUAAAUACAUAUUAGGCAGCAAAUUGAAAAACUCACGAACCAGACGCUUAUAUUACCUUCUAAUUUACAAAAUAUACUAACUAUAAAUGUGUGUGGUUGCAUUUAGGCACUGUGUCAGAAAAUGUGAUUAAACGCAUUAAUCGAUUAACAAUGUAUUUUGAAAUGUUGUGUGACUGGCUCGUCAGUUUUAAUAAUGAGUUUGUUACUUCCCAUAAAUUAUCUAUCAAGCAGAAGAACGUACGACAUGGUAUUAUAGUGAAAAACUUGUUUCACUGUAUCAGAAAGUGCAUGCACAGUAAAAUUAAAAGUUACUCAGAAAACCAUUAUCUAGCGAAACUGUUCCCGCUUACAUACGGCAACUGUGAUGAACAAAUGAUUUAUUAUCACUUGAUUCCUGCCAACAAAAUAAAAUUUAUUGUAAUACGAUUUGACCAGCAACUGGAGACUCUACUUCUGAAACACAUCAAGAACAUUAACUUUUUUCGAAUUCAUGGCCGGGGAGAACAUCAACGAUAAUGAAAACCCGACGAUCUCACUACAAAAUACUAUUGUUAUGGAGUGCCACUACUUUAUAAAAUUCAUGAAACGGAAUGAAUUUUUGGUGACAAAUGAGGAUCUGUUUAACUGUCUGGAACAACUUACAAGUUCAAGGAAAUCCGAGAAGUCUAUUUUAACUGUUCAAGAACUCUGUAAUGACAUCGCCAAAGGCAGACCGCAUGAUGGUUUAAAAGAAUUGAUUAAACGGUAUAAAGAGUGGGACUUGUCUACGUUGGAUUUUAUAAAUAAGAGGAUAGAUACGUUGAAAACUGACGAUUUGUAUGUUAUAUAAUGUAUUACGUUGUAAAUAAAAUAGGCAUGAAUAGGCAUUAUAGAAUUUCAGAUGACAGCAAUGAAAUAAACAUUAAAGGGGUAAAUUUUUAUCGAAUGUUUAGAUAAAAUUCUAGUAAAAAUUUAAAUUUUCUGCACUUAUAUUAUAUUCUAGUAGUGGGUUAAUUUAAGACCAACCAGUAAGUGAGUUUUAUGAAAAAAUUGUUUAAAUAAGAGAUUCGGUGUUUUGGGAAACAGCAUAUUAUGCCAUACAUUGAUACAUUAUAUUUUUUUUUUUAAAUUGCGAAACAUUUGCACGAGUAAUUUCAUUCGUAUAACGAACUUUUUCAAAGAUACCCGGGAAAGAUGUUCUUAUAUGUAUAUAAUAAUUAUAUACGAUACGGUUAUACAUAAAAUACAUAAACGCAAUUUUAUUUUUUAUAAUAAAACAAUACGAAUGCAU